CCCCUAUAUAUACCCUUUAGUACUAAUAAUCAAACUCAUCUCAACUCAAAACACAACUUAACUUCCUUGGAAAACAAAGCUUCAAUCUUGAGCAAAUUAGCAAUGGCUUCCUCUAGCAACUACUCUAUCCUUUUCUUGAUCAUAACAUUAUUGUCCUCAUCAAGCAUCACUACAACACAUGCUGCUCGCAGCCUACUUCAACUUCCAAAUUUGCCUACAAUCCCAUCAUUGCCUCAGCCAACAAUGCCACAAUUGCCUACAAUUCCCAACUUGCCAACUGCAGCUACAUUGCCACCAUUGCCAAGUGUUGCAUCUUUGCCAACACUUCCAACAACUACAACAUUGCCUUCUCUGCCUACAUUGCCCAAUUUUCCAACGAUGACUCUGCCACCAAUGCCUGCCAGUAUUCCUAUGCCUUCACUUCCAAACAUUCCGACAAUUUCAACCAUUCCUACACUUUCAUCUCCUCCAUCCAACUAGUUAUCUUGCAGCUCUCGCUGCAUUUGCUGUCUUACCCUAUUGAUCUCUACCGCGUGAUUUUUUCAAAAACUUUUUCCUUUUGCUGUUGUCAUUUUAAUCUUUGAGUGAUUGUUAACGAUGUAUUUGUGUCAUUUUUACACUCUGAGUGCUAUGCAUUGAUUGUCAUUUGUGCUAAUGUAAUACAUUGUGAUCUAUGAUUGAUUUAUGCGUAUU